UUCUUGCCUACCAUCCUCCGAUGUUACCCUCAUUUACAUAUAAAUCGACGAAAUCAGAGUAUAAUACCUAUAAAUCCUUAACCUUUCCACCUCCUGCUUCACAGUCGAUCUCUGUGAGAGAGAGAGAGAGAGAGAGAGAGGAGAAGAAGAAGAAGAAGAAGUGAAAACCGACAAGCAGAAAAGGAGACACCGGCGGCGAUUCCGGUCACGGAUGCGGGGGUUGUUCUGGUCGAGAGCCUAGGUUUUUUAAUCUCAACAUCCAAUCUUGUUCUAGACUUCAAGUAGCAUGAUUUCACAAAUCAUUUUUCACUUCAACUUGUUCACCAAGCAACAGAUUUCUCACCUAGGGUUCAUACAAAUCCCCAAAUUGUGUCCAAUUUUCAACGAUUUCGUUUCUCUAGCACUACAAUUGAAUCCGAAAUGGGAGCAACUGCUAAUUUGGAUGCUCAACUAGAGUCAUUGUUGAAUGCGGAAAAGCAGAUGAUGCUUAACGGUGAUGUUGGCGGAACAAAAAAAGGCAACGAUUGAUAUUCUUCAGCUUUGCUUCGAGAAUCGUGCGUGGAAGACACAAAAUGAUCAGAUUGUUGUGUUAUCUAGGCGGCAUGGUCAGUUGUAGCAGCGAUGUGUGUGUAUUCCGAUUUAUUCAUGAGGUUUGCGUGGAUGGUGCAGCCUCGUAACUAUCUACUUCUAGCAUGUCAUGCGUCAAAUGAAACAGUUCAAUUGUAUCAGCUUUCACGUUUUGCAAAGCAUCAAGGGUGUGGUGGAAUGGCAGGAAACCCUCUGUGGUCUCAGAAUCUUAAUCCAAAGACUAUGGAUCAGCUGGAUGUUAAAAAGCAUAAAAGGAUGGUUUCGAACAGAGAAUCCCCUAGGCGGUCAAGAAAAAGAAAACAAGCACAUUUAACCGAUCUUGAGCAACAAGUGGAACUACUGCGAGGAGAGUACUCAGAUUUGUUCAAGCAACUCACGAGUGCGAGCCAUCAGUUCAAAGAUGCCUCAACGAACAACCGAGUGCUCAAGUCAGAGGUGGAAGCUUUGAGAGCUAAGGGAAUAAGUGAUUCUUAUGUGUUCUUACAAUUGGAUCCUCAGAUUGUUAAAAGCAAGGUUAAAUGGGGGACAAAGGAAACAAGUUGGAAUGAGGAACUCACCUUGUACAUCAAGCAUCCACCAACCAGUAAAAUCACUUUAAGCAGUGAAGAGGAAAAUAAAUUACCAGUUCUGUAAUUGUAGUCUUAAUCCUCGAUUAUGGGAUGAAAUUUCAAGCAUACUUGAUGCUCGACUGUUCGACAAAAGAAAUUGCACGCAUGGACAAGAGGAAUUGCACUCGUGAAGAGCCGAGUAACACGGGAUAGUGUGCUUUGUUCUUUGUGGAGACAGGUGAAGAUGUCUCUGGAGCUGCUGUACUUCACAUUCCCCUUCACCAAGACCAUCAGUGGUGUUCUCAUAAAAAUGGGACACUGGUAGCCCUCUUAAAAAGCUUCAGAGUCAAGUUUUUAGAGUACUGAAAGGCUUAUCCUUUCCUCUUAAAUGAGAAAAAGUAGAACUUACAACCUAGAAGCUUCGAGCUCAUAUUGGUCAUGGGUUGAGAACGGGAAUGGAACAUCGGCAUCAUCCACUCCAGGAGCUGCAAAUUUUGACCUUUUCAUUUAUUUAUAUCAGUUCUAGAAUGUCAUUUUCAUUUUUUUUACAUUACCUUAAUCCAAAGUAAGAUUGAACUUACAGAUGUGCGGAUAAAAAUAUUGAUUUAAUCAUAAAAGCCCAUUAUGCAAGUUGCAAGCUUGAUA